CAUCAAGUUGAGUGAACAUCGCUGUCAAGCCUCGUAGAAUUCGCAGUCAAUUCUACGACCCGCGAACGGGAACAUCCUUUCCCAUCCCUACUUCUUCUACUACUGCCAAUGAAGCAUACUCCUCCUCCGUACCAGUCAAGGCCCUGUCCAUCGCGUGUCCGCACAGUGAAGCCGCCCUCCUCACCCGAUGGCUUCCGAGUUCCCCAAGCAUCCCUUUCUCCUCUCGGCCCAGGAGGUUGAGCAGGCCCUCGGCACCAGCGUCGACAAGGGCUUGUCCUCGUCCCGGGCUGCCGAGUUGCAGCAAAAGUAUGGCCCCAAUGAACUGGACGUGGGCGGCGGCAUCGCCUGGUACACCAUCUUCAUCCGCCAGCUUUGCAAUGCCAUGAUCCUGGUUCUCUUCUUUGCCAUGGCACUGAGCUUUGGCGUCGCCGACUACAUCGAAGGGGGCGUCCUCGCGGCUGUCAUUGUGCUCAACGUCUCGAUCGGCUUCUACCAAGAGUACGGCGCCGAGAAGAAGAUGGAUGCCCUGCGCGCGCUGUCCUCCCCCAGCGCCAGCGUGCUCCGCGACGGCAAGACGGUUGUCAUUCCCAACGCUGAGGUCGUCCCAGGCGACAUCGUCAACCUCAAGAUGGGCGACACGGUCCCGGCCGACGUGCGGCUCUUUGAAGCCAUGAACCUCAACUGCGACGAGUCCUCGCUGACGGGCGAGGCCAUCCCCGUAGAGAAGCAGACCAACAAUGACAUCCUGGUCCCGGGCAGCGAGAAGGCGGCGACGACCGAGGACGAGGUCGGCAUCGCGGACCGCAUCAACAUGGCCUACGCGACGACCACCGUGCGGAAGGGCCGCGGCCGCGGCAUCGUCGUGGCCACGGGCAUGCAGACCGAAGUGGGCAAGAUCGCCGCGUCGACCAGCAAGAAGCGGCGCAAGGCCGGCCGCUCGAUGAACUGGAAGAAGUACGGCAAGACGCAGCCCAUCAAAGGCGCCGCGCGGCGCACGUACGAUUUCCUGGGCAAGUUCCUGGGCCUGACCGAGGGCACGCCGCUGCAGAUCAAGCUGGCCAAGCUGGCCUACUUCUUGUUCUUCUGCGCUCUGCUGUUGGCCGUCAUCGUGUUUGGCGUCAACAAGUUCGUCAGCCCGCUGCCGAAGGAGGUCGUCAUCUACGCCAUCUCGACGGGCAUUGCCAUCAUCCCCGAGUCGCUGGUUGCUGUCCUGACCAUCUCCAUGGUCGUGGCAACGACCGUUAUGAGGAAGGCAAACGUGGUCGUCCGCGAUCUCUCCGCGCUCGAGGCCCUCGGCGGCGUAACCAACAUCUGCUCCGACAAGACCGGCACGCUCACGCAGGGCGCCAUGAUCGUGAAGAACGUCUGGCUGCCGCCGUCCCGGGUCUACAAGGUGUCCGGCUCGACAGAUCCCAACGACCCCUACAAGGGCACGGUCGGCGAGCAGUCGCAGAUGACGGAGAAGAAGCGCGACUUUGACGAGGAGCGCACGACGCAGGCCAUCAAGUUCGACGGCGUGCCGGACGAGAAGCUCAACCCCAAGCCGCAGCAGGAGCAGAAGAGGAUGGCGCCGCUCACGCCCGAGCUGCGCAUGUUCCUGCUGUCGACCGCGCUGUGCAACCUGGCCACGGUGCGGUACGACGACGGCGAGAACGCGUGGAAGACGACGGGCGAGCCUACCGAGAUCGCGCUGCAGAUCUUCGCCCACCGCUUCGACCGCAACAAGAAGGCCAUGGAAGCCAUGGGCUGGAAGCAGGUCGCCGAGUUCCCCUUCGACAGCUCCAUCAAGCGCAUGUCGGUGGUCUACGACGUCCCGCCGGGCAAUGACACCGAGCUCGAUGCAGACAGCAGCAUCGUCUUCACCAAGGGCGCCGUGGAGCGCAUCCUGGACCUAUGCGCCCACGUCGGUGUCGGCGAAGCACGGGAGCCCAUGACGCCCGAACUGAAAGACAAGAUCCUCUCGCAGAUGACCGAUUUCGCCUCGCUCGGCCAGCGCGUGCUGGCGGUCGCCUACCGCCCCUGGAAUGGCAAGUACGUGCCCGGCCGCAGCGACGCCCUCAGCGCUGCCGCCGAGAAUGAGACGGGCAACAAAGGCGAAGACGCCGCGCGCAGCGCCGUCGAAAAGGACCUCACCUUGCUCGGCCUGGCAGGGAUUUACGACCCGCCGCGGCGCGAGACGUCGCCUUCCAUCUACGAGUGCUCCAAAGCCGGCAUCCGCGUGCACAUGCUGACGGGAGACCACCCGGAGACGGCCAAGGCGAUCGCGAAGGAGGUGGGCAUCAUCCCAACCAACACCGGGGUGCUGCCCAGCGGAACAGCCGAGACGGUCGUGAUGAAGGCGACCGACUUCGACAAGAUGAGCGAGGCCGAGAUCGACGCGCUACCGGAGCUGCCGCUGGUCAUCGCGCGGUGCGCGCCCGAGACCAAGUCGCGCAUGGUGGAAGCACUGCGGCGCAGGAAUGCCUUCAUGGCCAUGACCGGCGACGGGGUCAACGACGCGCCCUCGCUGAGCCGGGCCGACGUGGGCAUCGCAAUGGGCUCUGGUAGUGACGUGGCCAAGUCGGCCGCCAAGAUCGUGCUGACGGACGACAAAUUCAACAGUAUCGUCGCGGCGAUCAAGGAAGGCCGGAGGAUGUUUGAAAACAUUCAGAAGUUUGUCCUGCAUCUUCUGAGUAGCAACGUCGGGGAGGUGAUCUUAUUGAUCGCCGGUCUGGGGUUCCAGGACGACACCGGCUUCUCGGUGUUCCCCAUCUCGCCGCUCGAAAUUCUCUGGAUCAACAUGGUGACUUCGUCCUUCCCGGCCUUUGGCCUGGGUCGAGAGAAGGCUAGCGCCGAGGUGAUGCGGAAGCCGCCGCACGACAAGAGGCGCGGCGUCUUCACCAACCAGAUCCUCGCGGAUAUGAUGGUAUAUGGCCUAUUGAUGGGAACCUGCACUCUCAUGACGUUCGUCAUCGUCGUGUACGGCAUGUACGGGGGCCACCUCGGCCACGACUGCAACCGCGUGUACUCCGAGUCGUGUACGGCUGUCUUCCGCGCCCGCGCAGCUGUGUUUGCCGAGCUGACGUGGCUCAUCCUGCUCAGUGCUUGGGAGUUCAAGGACAUCCGCCGGUCCAUGUUCCGGCUGAACCCCGAUGACACGUCACGCUUCCCGCUGUUCAAGGACUUGUACGAGAACAGGUUCCUCUUCUGGGCUGUCACCAUCGGUCUUGUCAGUGUGUUCCCGACUGUGUAUAUCCCAUACCUCAACCGAGACGUGUUCAAACACACCGCCAUCAGUUGGGAGUGGGGCGUGGUAAUCGGGAUGACUAUCGUGUAUGUGCUGGGCAUCGAGGCGUGGAAGUACACCAAGCGCCGAUUGAAUCUCCUGGACGAUCACAAGGUGGUCCAGGGCACCUGGUCGCAGGGCGAGGAGGGAGCCAAGAGGUUUUACAAGAGCAUGGGCCUCGGCCACAUCAAGAGUUGGCUGAGCUCGGGCCGCACUGAGUCCAGGUCGAGGGCCGGGUCGACCGGUGGCUUGACGCCCGUGACGACGCAACAGAGGACGAAUUCGCUGCCACCUGCGUGAGGCCGGGUCACGACGUAUUCUACCGGGCUGCUGGGUUCUUGACGGUAGCAGACUCGAUGCUUGAGAACCGCUGAUUGGAUUGUGGCUGUGGGCGGGAUCGAUUGAAUCCCAUGUAAGCAGGUGGUGACGGGCAGGGCUGUAACUAGCUAGCUCCAAGGACAGCUUAUUGACUGGAAAUCUGGUCUCGUUGUCCGCUUCAUCUUGAGCUGUGUCGUACCCAACAAAUAUAUAUCUGCUGCUUCGAUCGGAAAACCAUGGCUGCA